AAAAUUAAUAAAUAUCUGAUAGUGGUCGUCAUAUGACACAUUUAUUGUUCCUCAAAAGCAGGCCAUUUCCCGUUAGAAAUGGAUUUCUUUCAAUGUUCUCUGCUCGUUGUGUAUGUAAAAUCCGAGUAAGCCAGAAUUCUAAUCAAGAUGCGCUCAUUCACUUUCCUCGCCGCUGCGUCGCUCGCCGCCUCGGCCGCCGCUGUGCCGCUGGACGUCUCCAAUGAUAUCGCGGAGAGGCAAACAAAACCCUACCAAAUCCGUGGUGUUCAGGACCCGAUAUAUCAUCUCUACCUCCAAUCUCUACCGGGCGAUGGCACACCUGUCAUGGGCCCUGAGGCAACGUCUGAAUACUUCACAAUCGGCAAUACCAUCCAGAGCACAAAUACGUCUCUGUAUUUGAAUAUUGGCGAGGCAAGCACCUCUUAUCUCCCGCUGACAUUUGACGCCACGGCCACCACGACGGCUUGGGGACUCGAGGGGGAUACUAUUAUUACCACGAAUGGAAGCCCAUAUGGACGCCAAUUAAACUUCCUUGUCUGCAAUGGCGCUACAGCGGGCUAUUAUGACCUGUUUUUGCAGAAGGGAAGUGAUACGCCCGCAGGGAAGACGUGCAGCAAUUACCAGACAAUCCAUUUGCCAUGUUUAUGUUAAGCUGAAGAAAUCGACAGUGCAGGUAAGGAAAUGGGGAC